AGGAGGGCUUGAAUGAAUGCAGUGUAAAGCAUCAGCACAGAUAACCAAAAUACCAGCCAUCUCCGCUGUGUCUCUACUCAGUUAUCCAGAGCCCAGUCUUAUAGGAUGCCAACAUGAAAGCAGCCGCUGGACGGGAGAAACCCUAGCCUGUGCCUUGGGAUGGCUCAUCACAGGAGAGCACUUGCUCAGACACUGGGAUAUUGCCUGGAUUGAACCGAGAGCACAGCAGCACUUUGGGCACUGACUGCAGCAAACUCUGGCCAAGAGAAAACACAGAUGGAAAAAACCCUUAAUGCUGAAUAAACAAGCUCAAGAAUUGGAGGCACUGAUGCUGAGGGAGACAGCCUUCCCGUAAUUCGAAGCCUUCUGGAUAACAGGGUGAGGAUUGAAUAAAUGCCAUGGAGAGCAAAAUCCUCGACUACGAGUACCGGAUCAGUGUGAUCAGAAGCCCCCCAGGAUGGGAAAUAGGCAUCUACAUUGCUGGUGCCUUGACUCUACUUGGUGUAACUGGUCUGUACCUCUGGAAACUAUAUAAAUCAGGAAAUUACCCAUCGCCUUCUCCGUUCCCCAACUACGACUAUCGAUAUCUCAAGCAGAAAUAUGGAACUUCCUACUCCGAAGUAAAGAAAAAGGGAAAGCCUUCUGCUGCCAAACCUGCAAAUAUUAAUGAUACCUAUGAAAGUGUCAGUGAGUUUGGCCCCAUAGAGCUGAUUAACAAAGAUCUUGAAAUGACACCUUAUGGAACGCUAAAGAAGUCUGUCUCUAUUGACUCGCUCAGCUCUAUUUCUUCCAUUGGAAAUAACUUUGGCCAAGACGUUACAGUUGGACAGAUUGAAGUGACCAUGGACUAUGAUGUCUACUCCAACACUUUACAUGUUGCUUUAAUACAAGGAAAAGACUUGCUUGAAAGGAAAGAAGAUGGGAAUUUCGAGUCUUGUUUUGUGCACAUCAGUCUUCUCCCAGAUGAGCAAAUUGUUGGCAUCUCCAGGAUACAGAGAAAUGCAUAUUCUGUCAUGUUCGACGAGACAUUUUCUAUCCCGCUUGACCCGCUGGCGCUGGAAGACAACAGCUUGAAGUUCUCCAUUUUUGGAAUCGACGGGGACGAUAAGAACGUCAGCACUGGAGUAGCAGAGCUGAAGCUGUCAGACCUAGAUCUGGCUCUGCGCCCAUUUAAUACGUGGAUAUAUCUGCAGGAUGUCAACAAGGCUACAGAUACUGUAGGAGAGAUCCUCCUGUCACUCAGUUAUCUCCCGACUGCUGAACGACUCACGGUUGUCGUGGUUAAAGGGAGGAAUCUGCUCUGGACCGAAGGAAAGACCACUGCAGAUCCAUUUGUAAAAGUCUACCUUCUCCAAGAAGGCAGGAAGAUAAGCAAAAAAAAGACAGGGGUGAAAAGAGAUGACCGGAACCCAGUUUUUAAUGAGGCAAUGAUAUUUUCUGUGCCAGCCAUUGUACUGCAGGACCUGUCUUUGAGGAUCACAGUAGCAGAGUGCUGCGAGGAUGGGAGAGCAGAGAAUGUUGGACAUGUGAUCAUAGGUCCUUCAGCAAGUGGAGUGGGCAUGACCCACUGGAACCAGAUGUUGGCCACCCUGAGAAAACCUGUGUCCACGUGGCACCAAAUCAGACGAAAUUAGUGGUAGACAUCUUAUUGAUUUCUUUCUUAAUCACUACUAUAUAGCAUUAAUGGCAAUAACUGGAGCUCAAAGAAACACCAAGAAUGGGAAUAAACUCUUAUGAUAA